CUCGGGACUGUCUGUAAUUUUAAAGGGUGCCUCAAGACUGUCUGUAAUUUUAAAGGGUGCCUCAAGACUGUCCGUAAUUUAAAGGGUGCCUCAGGACUGUCUGUAAUUUUAAAGGGUGCCUCAAGACUGUCCAUAAUUUUAGAGGGGUGCCUCGAGACUGUCUGUAAUUUUAGAGGGUGCCUCAAGACUGUCCAUAAUUUUACAGGGUGCCUCGAGACUGUCCAUAAUUUUACAGGGUGCCUCAAGACUGUCCAUAAUUUUAGAGGGUGCCUCAAGACUGUCCAUAAUUUUACAGGGUGCCUCAAGACUAUCCAUAAUUUUACACGGUGCCUUAAGACUGUCCAUAAUUUUAGAGGGUGCCUUGGGACUGUCCAUAAUUUUAGAUGGUGCCUCAAGACUUUCCAUAAUUUAAAGGGUGCCUUGGGACUGUCCAUAAUUUUAGAGGGUGCCUUGGGACUGUCC